UUGAUUUGAUUUACGAAAUUAAUGAAGAUGAAAAUAAAACUGAAAAAGCAUUACUUAACAACAACAACAACAAAAUCGGUGCAAGUGUAUAGUAAUAAUGAGAGUGCAUCAAAUGUAAUCGUUUAAUGCCGAAUAAUAAUUGGAGUAAAAUAAAACAAACAAGUUGAAGCAAAAAAUUACAAGAGGAGGAGAAAAAGUACUUAAAUAAUCGUUUAAUUAUGAAGUUGGGAGCAUCCACAUCAAUCAAUUGGAUUAAAUAUUAUUAUUUAUGUCGAUGUAUCGUGCUUCUGUUAUGCAUUUCUCUGCAUUGUGUGACGUCAGAUAACAGCAACGAGACGAGUACCGCAUUCCCCUUAUAUAACAACACGGCAAGUAGUGCAGCAGCAGCAACAACGCAAGAAAAUGAAAUUAUCGAAAACAUAUCUACAACAAAUGUCUAUGAAGCUACGAGUCCUUCACCGCUGCCGUUGAUCGUCGCUAUCAAACCAAAAUCCACAAUUUUAUCUGUUGUGCCAGCUACGAGCGAGGAUGUCAGUCAGUCUGCGGGAAAAGGCGGGAAUGUUACCGUUUUGUUGCACCAAAAACAACAAACAACGUCGUCGACAGAUAAACAAACAACAGAUUUACCGACUGAGAGCACUUUUGUCAUGUCGACAAUUACAACAACGUCAUCGACGACGCAAUCGACAACGGUUGAAAUAAUGACCACGACAACAGAAACAGUGACGGAAAGUACUUCAACCACGGAAAUGACGACUUUACCGACCACGACGACGACACAAAAGCCCACAGCUGCCCCCCUGGAAGAAGACCAAUGCCAGAAAAGCCAUAUCGUGAAACUUUUACCUGAUCCGGAAUUCGAUUCUAAUCGAUUUUCUGUAAAUGUAACCAAAGGAGAUAUUACCGUAACCGUCAUUAGCAAAAGGCUUACCUCAGCUCAAUUUAUAGUUAGUAGAAUAAAUGAAUUAACUCUCAUACGAGACAACGUGACGAUAGGACUUAGAAGCAUAGUAAUCGCCGAUCCGUCUGUUUUUCGCGAUGUUUUGGAGCGGGAAAUGCAGUUUUUGAAGGAUUGCGUCGCAUAUCCAGUUGGCAUCUUUGUUUCGCAAGAUUUAUGGCAUCUAGUCAAGCCCUCGUACAAAACGAUAAAUUACAACAUUUGGUCUUUCCCGACGCUGGACAAGCUGAAAUACGCAACUUUCGCAAAGCUAUUUAUCGAGUUGCCGUGGAGUCAGAAGAACAUUUCAGUGGAAAUUAUUGCGACAGAUAACGAUGUUAAAGAAGAUUUUGUCGCUACAGCUGCUACGGAGAAAAUUUGUUUGGACGAGGAAACCGACGAAGAGGAUGAAAUUACGAUAAAACCCAAUAAAACUGCUCAUUUGAGGAUUUUGCUCGGAGAUCGCGCCAUGAAAGAAAGUGAAACGCCAUCAAAAUUACCGAAAAAUACAACAACAGUUGGGAUUUCGUUCGAACCGACGCGCGAUUACGUCUCGAAUUUGCCACAAUCCGCAUAUUUUAUUGCGGAAAACGAGAUAAAUUUGAAUGCAUAUGCGUCGAAUAAGACACGCGAUACGGGAGAAUAUAAUUAUGCCGUGUUACCGACGGAUUUUAUGGUGCUCGGAUCAAUGAUGCUUGAAAUUACGCAGUGGCUGAACGAUUCCAUCAAUUCGAAUUGUUUGCAACGUAACAAACAUUUGGGAGCUUGCAGCACUUUGGAUCAGGAUACGCCGCAAAUAACGUAUGCCUAUUUGAAUGCCUUGCCGGAUAUGGCGCGAACUUUAAGCAUGCCGUCGAUCGCCAAGGCUUUGAAUAUCGAACUUAUCGAGAAACGCGUCGUCGAACAACAUCAGGGAGGAACAGUGACAGAGCUGAAACCCGUUGCUGUCGUAAAUUUGGUAAAUAAUGAUACGAAGAUUUACCGCACGUACAGCAAAUAUCGCAACGGCACGAUACAAAACAAUCAAAAACUCGGUCAAUUCCUUUCUUGCGCCCUCGUGAGAGUAAAAAAGCCGAAGCCAACCAACCCCAUCGAAGGAUAUGAACAGGAAUUUUUGAAAAUGUUUUGGCGGAUUCGACCUGAAGCAUGGGUAGCUGCUGGAUUAACGACCUCCUGUUUGGGUAUCGUGCUCUGUUUGACAAUUCUGACGUUCCUUUUCUCGCGAAUUUGCAUCCAGGAUGUCUUAGAAGGGAAUCCAACAUGUUCAAUUUUGUUACUUUUCGCGUUAAUUCUGCAAUUUGCGUCGUUUAUUCCGUUCAGCGUUGAAUAUACGGGAUAUCAUCAAGACAUGGCGUCAUCUGAGGAGGCCUUUGAAAAAUGGAAUACGCAUUGCUCGGUGAAAAUUUUUGUCGUUUCUCUCACCUACUGUCUGACUUUUUCACUUUUGUUGUGUCGCGCUGUGAUGCUUGCCUCAAUUGGGAGUGAAGGCGGAUUUUUGUCGCACGUUAAUGGAUACAUCCAAUCGCUCAUUUGUUUCUUCAGUACAUUAGUGCAAGUUGGACUCUCGACACAACUCGUUGUCUUGAUGAACACAAUCAACAAAGAUAUGACCUGCAACGACAUUUAUUAUGGACACUGGUUUUGGGGAAUUGUCGGUUAUGAUGGAUUUUUACUUCUAAUGCUCGUGUUGCUCUGUCCCUUUGUCAUCAAGUCGCAACGAAAUUACAAAGAAGGAUUGUUGCUUGUGGUUGGAAGUGUUUUAUGUCUCAUCGUUUGGUGCAUUUGGGUGCCGAUUUGUCUCAUGAACAACCAUUCACGUGAAGCUGCCAUCCCGUUAGGCGCUCAAGCGACGGCAUUAGCGAUUCUCGGAGGCAUUUUGAUACCGCGAUCGAUACUAAUCGUCAAAAGUAUCGCACGAUCGGAUCUCGUGCAAGCAUUGCCAUCAUUGACGUCACUCGCAUUUGCCCAAGCCGCCAAUCAAUACGCUUCGGAACAGCUACUUUGCCCUAAGCACGGAAGUCAAGUGAGUAGCAUGUACGACUGUGUGAAUCCAGCGAUGCGUAAUCAUCUCACACGAGACGAACAUCAAUUUGCCGACAGCGAUCUCGAAGAUCAUCCAUCCCCGAGUCAAGUUCCGACGCUUCCGUUGCGUACGAAUCGCAAUUUUGGCAACAUCAACAACUACUAUCGACACCAAAAUGGCCACACAAAUCUCGAAUUUAAUGAUGACUCUCUUAGACUUAACUUGCCUCCAUCUCCCGAUAAGAUGACGAGAUUUUAAAUUCUUCGUUGUAGAUAAAAAAAAACGUUAAAAUUAAUAAAAAUUCAUUCUAGUCAACAAAAAUUAAUUAGUAAGAAAUUUCCUGUAAUUUUUGUUUAUUUUAAGAAGAAAUCAAUAGAAAACUUGAAUAUUUUCAUUCAAAUUCAACUAAAAAUCAACCAAAGACCACGAGGUCAAAAUUUCAUGCACUCACUCAUCAACUCUUGCUGAGCAAACAGAAAGUUUGAGGAAUCCAGUUGUUUUGUAAAGCACAUGGAAGUGAAUGUUCUAAUAAGUAGAUAAUAAAU